AUGGGUUCAAUAGCACCGGAAAGUCCAAUGAAAGUCAUUAUCGUCGGAGCAGGCUUGGGAGGAUGCGCGACCGCUUUGGCAAUGCACAAUGCAGGGUUUGAAGUGGUCGUGUUUGAAAAGGUCCGCGAGUUCCUGCGGCUGGGGGACUCGCUGGGGCUUGGUGAAAAUGCAUUCAAGCUGCUGGAUCGAUGGUCCCCGAUGUUGCGGGACAAACUGAUCGAGAUCGGCAACAAGUCUCCCAACAUGCAAAUCCGACGAUGGCACGACGGCAAGAUUCUAGCUCAGCAGCCUCUGAUGGACAUGGCCGGGUACAUUGGUCAUCGAGGAGAUUACCAUAAAGGAUUUUUGGACGCCGUGGCCGAAAAGGGCAUUCCUGUUCAUAUGGCUACCGAGGUGAUAGAUUACGACGACGCAGCGCCUUCAGUAACUCUCAAGAACGGCGAGAAGCAUUACGCCGACAUCGUGAUCGCUGUUGAUGGUAUAAAAUCGCGAGCGCGCGAGCUCGUGUUGGGAUUCUCCGACAAGCCCAAGUCGUCUGGGUACGCUUGUUUCCGGGCCUUCUUCAAGGGCGACCACCUCCGCGGCGACCCGCUGACGGCCGAGUUCGUCGAACAAGAAUGCGUCAACAUCUGGAUCGGCAAGGACAAGCACCUGGUCCAAAACACGCUCCGCAACGGCGAAGAGUUCAACUGGAUCAUCACGCACAAGGACACCGAGGACAUCAAGGAGUCCUGGUUCCAGCCGGGCGACAUGGACGCGGUGCGCGAGCUGGUGCAGGACUGCGACCCGCGCGUCGCCGCCAUCGUGCGCAAGACCGAGUCCUGUCUCGACUGGAAGAUCUGCUACCGCGACCCGAUCCCGACGUGGGUGAGCAAGAACCACAAGGUCGCCCUGAUCGGGGACUGCUGUCACCCCCACCUGCCCACGAGCGCCCAGGGUGCCAGCCAGGCCACCGAGAGUGCCGCCGUGCUGGCCCAGUGCUUGUUACUUGCUGGGAAAGACAACGUUCCGUUGGCCACAAGAGUCUACGAAAAGAUUCGCUUCCCACGUGUUCGAAGGGCCCAGACGAACGGCGAAGAUGUCAGGGAUAGAUGGCACAACGCUCUGGAUCGCGUGGCCGACGGAGAGGAGAUUGAUCCAGACAGUGUCAAGAUCAAGAAUGCAGUUUUGUACGAGUACGACGCCGAAGCAGAUACGAGGAAACAGUGGCCUGAAAUGUCGAGAAUCGUCGCCGAGGAAUUGAGGACCGGGAACAUCACAGCUCUCUGCUGA